AUGUCGCCCAUAACCCUCGAUUUCUCAUCGGACUUCAACCCCGCCAUCACCACCGGCGCGGGGUCGUCGUCCUCCUCGACGCAACGAACCCUCCUCGUCGCUCCUCCCUCGGUUGCCUCCCACGAGGAGCGCAUCAGCGCCCUCUUCACCACUUACCCCCGCGACACCACCGACCUGCACAUGCUCGACCGUCUCGCCGCCGGCCUCGUCACCCUCCCCCAAUCCACCUACGACCUGAUCCUCGUCCUGACCGACCCGGACGGCAGCCGACACGCCGAGGCCUCGGCACUGCUCAGCAACCGCGCCGUCGAAGAUGGUACCCUCGGCAGUAACACUAUCACCCCCGAAGCCCGCGAAGCUGUACUAGCUGGUCUCGUCGCCGGGCCCGAUGGUUUCACCAAGCCUGACUACGCAGAGGAGGAAGCCGUCCCUCUGCGCUUCGGGCUCAAGAGGAAGAACAACCCCAACGCUGUCCCCGUUGCGCCCAUCAGCCAGCCUGUUGCCGCGCAAGUAGUCACCCCCGCCCCCGCAGGCGUCGGUUUCGUGACGCUCGACCUCGACGACGAUCUCGAUCUCGACGGCGAAGACGACGACGACGACGUAAUCGACGAGGACACGCUCCUCACAGAAGCCGAUCUCCGUCGUCCCAUCCAGCAGCCGCCCGAGUGCCAGCCCAAGCCCGGCAAGAAGAGGAGGGCGUGCAAGGACUGCACGUGCGGACUGGCGGAGCGGCUGGAGGCCGAAGAUAAGGCGCGCAGAGAGAAGGCGGACCAGGCGCUUAACACGCUUAAGCUCAAGAGCGAGGAUUUGCUGGAGCUGGAUCUGACGGUUCCCGGAAAGACGGGGAGCUGUGGUAGUUGUGCGCUGGGAGACGCUUUUAGGUGUGCUGGCUGCCCAUACCUAGGUCUCCCACCUUUCAAGGUUGGCGAGGAGGUGUCGAUCCUUAACAACGCGCCGCAGUUUUAA